CUCUGCUUAAAAACAAGUGGACCGUGGAGCUGCACAGAGGAUAACACCAGAGAGAGAGAGAGAGAGUUGGAGAGAUGGUCUGUCCAGACUCUGGGAGGCUGAGGAGAAGUUGAACCGCCGCUGGGAGAUUCUCACGAGAAACGGCACCUGUUGAUACCGAUGUGCAACAUGGUUUUCUCCAUCCCUCCGUUUAGCCUGUAGAGUUUUUAAUAGUAUCCGCCUCUGGAACACCAAUGGACCCUUUGAAAAUCCUGUAAAGAACGACGUUCCUGGCACAAAAGCAGAGAAAAUAGAUGCAAAGGACAAAAUCACGACAGAUGAAGAGCAGCUAUUAUUAUUCUUUAUUUUGAUACAUUUUUUUUAGGAGCUUUGUGCAAUUAUGAUGGCCGCGCCCUCGCCUCCUGAGAUCGUGGUGGACAGAGUUAAUAUCUCGGACGCAGAGGAAUGCAGGGAAGAUGAGGAUUUACCCGCAGACGACCAUCUCAUGAGCUUGAAGGCCCUGACAGAGAAGCUGAGACUGGAGACCAGGAGACCGUCCUACCUGGAGUGGAAAGCCCGGCUGGAGGCGGAGAGCGUCAGAGAGUCAGGGACUGGGAAAGGCCUGAUUCAGGAGGAGCCAGAAGGGAAACUGGUUGCACCCAAGGAGGGUGCAGUGAACUCCGACGUGAUUCAGUGCAAGUUGCCUUCAGGUGUGAUGAAAGGAUUCGGGAAUAUUGACGAGGCUCUCAGCUGGCUCAGGAGAGAACUGACCGACAUGCGCCUGCAGGACCAGCAGCUGGCGAGGCAGCUCAUGCGGCUCCGCAGCGACAUCAACAAGCUGAAGAUCGAGCAGACGUGCCACCUGCACCGCAGGAUGCUCAACGACGCCACCUUCGGCCUGGAGGAGCGCGACGAGCUGUCCGACCUGCUGUUCGAAUGCCCGGUGACCCCGGGCCUCGGCCUCUCGGCUCCGCUGAGACUCAUCGGCGUCACCAAGAUGAACAUUAACUCUCGCCGCUUCUCGCUCUGCUAGUGGGUUCCUGAGAACCCUGAAUGCAAAGCGGCUCGUCUAAUAAUAUCUCUACUCGAGCGGAACACGCCAGCCGUGGCCACAUAUAUUAGGUACUAGUGAAACUCUUGAUGUAUUUGGGGCUUUGUUGUGAGGAUGAAGCCAGUUUUACAGUCCCUAUGAUCAAAAAGAGACAUUUAGGAAAAACUGUUUGUCAUGAAAUCAUGUCGCCUUUAGGCCAUCGUGACUGACACAGUGCUUGCAGUUUUUAAACUUAAAAUAACAAAAUCUCAAGCUGAUCCCUGUCCCUUUUUUAAGCCUCAUCGGCCCUUUUGUUACCGGUCAAGUAUUUCCAUUUACUUGUAGUACCAUCAAGUUAGGGAGCAUCAUUUUUUUGGAACAACAUGAUGGAAAUGAUCUUUAUAAUGAUGAUCAAAUCGCACUAUGGCUAGUAAACUCGAGGUGGUUUCCAUUCCUUUGCUGAACAUAUGAGUCAGGGAUGUCUCUUGAGCUUUUUGCCUUUUUAGUUACAGUACGCUCUGGCCAGGAAGUAAUCAUCUGCGAGGGCACUGUCUGUUUGAAAUAAAACCAUGCUGUAGUUUCAUGGAUAAACAUAGAAUUCUGCCUCAUUAAAUCUCUGCGAGUCUCUACUCAAGGACGUUGAUUAUACUGCUAUUGUUACAAGCCUUCUCGUUCUGUUGGAAUUGACUUGUAUAAUUGGAUUCAACAUUGGAUAUAUAUUCUGACUUUCAUAACAAGGAACUUUGUUAGGGGCUUGCAUUUGAAAUGAAAGGACAUGAAAUUCGGGGUCAGCUAUAGACAAGCAAUGAGUUUCGGGGUUUGCUCUGCUAGAAUACAGGCUAAACAAAAUCACAGCUGUUAAAGAGCACACUCAAGUGAAAAUCUGAUUUGUUUGCAGCAGCGGUACGGAUACAUUAGAUUAGCUCUCAUAUAAACCUCUCAAACGAUGAUAAUAACGCUGCUGUGUGUAAACUGCUGUUCCGUCGUUAGAUGAUCGGCUUUCUGUUCCAACACAAUACUCGAUGCCACCUGGUAGAAAAAAACUGAUCGCCUAUAAUCUAAUGGAACAUACUGUACCUUAAAACUGGUUUGGUGAAAGACGACAGUGGGUCAUUGUUAGUCGUAAUGUGUUUUGCACAAGUAUACUGGAAAUAAAUGAUCCAUCAAAAGCUGUGGAUAUUUUACUCA